AUGUAUUUCAUUUUACCUCAUAAAAAAUUGGAAGAAUUAUCUGGGCAUUGGUGGGUUAUGCUUAGCAAUCAAUUAAAAUUUGUGGGGUAUUGGCCAAAAGAUUUAGUUGAUAUUGAUGGAGCUUCAAAUGUGGGAUGGGGAGCAUUUACCAAUCCUGGAACGACUGGAGUCAACCCCUCGAUGGGUAGUGGUCAUAAACCAGAUCAUGUCUACAAUCAUGCGGCCUACUUCAGAGACAUGAAAUACUUGAAAAAAGAAUUAGAACCACAAAUUCCAGCAGAUACAGAGUUAGAAACAUUCGUGGAUCCAUGUUAUGCUAUUGAUGAUCUUCACUAUUCUGGGAGUCCAUAUUGGGGUUAUGAUUUCUUUUUCGGAGGGCCAGGUGGUAGUUGUGGUAAUUAG